AUGUCGCGGAAAGCGCUAUCGCCGUCCGAUAUCGCCUACUUGCGAGCGGUCGCCAAGAGCCGCGUCUUCCAAGAGCUCACCGAUUCGGACGCCUCUCCCAGGGAUGUUGUCGUCGGAAUCGGACGGAUAAGGGCGACUCCAGACGCCAAAGAAAUGUGGGUGUACUCCAUUCUAGGAGGAAAGAGAAGGGGAGAGAGAGAGAGCAUGUAACUAGCAAUUAGCGCCAAAAGCUUGUGCUGCUUCACCGAGUUUAGUCAUUCAUUCACCUAGCGAAGGUAGCCCUGCGAGCCAACUCUUUUUGUUUCUCUUUAGACUUCUGCGUGUCUAAGUUGCACUCUGCCACUUAGAAAAUGUCGCUUUUUUGCCGAGAUUCGAUGACGUGCCAGCAAAGUGUCCUUAGUUAUCUCCCCAUUUCCAGAUUCACUGCCGGCCAAGAGAUUCUCACCGACGUCGACAAUCUUCUGAUGGGCUCCGACGACGACGAUUUCCUAUUCGGCUCGCCGAGCACCAUCGGACCGCCCCCUCCGGAAGACUCUUACGCUAUCUUCUCGCUGUCCUCGUUCGCCUUCAAGUUCUGGUUCCUCGUUCUGCUCGCCCUAUUCCUGAUCAUUUCGGCGGCAAUCUUUCACUUUGUCUGUUGGGGACAACAGGGAAAUGUUACUCGUUGGAAUUCGAUGGAAAAGGACGGAUUGGACGAUGAGGAGCGGGGCGGCGGCGGACCGACGGAAACGACGACGAUGGAAAUGAUUGCGGAGGCGAGGGACGAGCAGGAAAACGAAGAAGAAAAGGACGACGCUGCGAGCAUAUUGGUGCUUCGGGAGGACUAA